CAACACAAGGAACUGAAAGGAACAGGAUAACUGGCAAAUAUAGAUGCCCUACUUAUGUUAUCAGACAGAAUAAUUCCUUGUCACUGACGUAAAUCUUAAACAUUUCAAAACAAGCACCAUGAAGACUGAAGCAGUAUUAUUCCUGAUAUUUCUAACAGGCAUAUCAAGCAGACCAAGGCGGUUCCUUGACUGUGAUGAUUUUGAUUGUUCAGAUCCGGUUUCCCCAGUUUGCGGAAGUAAUGGACAGACGUACGCAAGUCAAUGUGAAAUGGACAUGGAAAAUAAAAGAAGAGUCUGCUGGAUUGGCCAUUAUAACAUGAUAAUGAAAGUGAGGGAUGGACCUUGUGAUUCUACAACCACUGCCACAGUCGCUUAACAAUUGAUCUUACUUCUUUAUUAUUCAAGUCUUGUCUCAAAGUAAAUGAAAUUAAUAUUUUACAGCUC